AGAGGGAAAGGACUAAGGAGGGAUAAAACGAAAAUGGGGCGAGGGAAGAAGAAGGUGGUAGGAAGCUCCGAUUCUGAGGCAUUGGCGCUUGCGCUUCCAGUUCUUGGCUUCACUGAUUCUACUCAUGGCAAUGGCAAUGGAGAUUCAGCUCCCUCGAACUGUGACAAUAAUGGAAACGCUUCGGUUCAGAACAGUUCAGUGCAGACUCCACAAGUGACCCAAGUCGGAGAAGACACUUCUGAGCAACCAAAGCUCGACGAAGGCUUCUUCGAAAUUGAAUCUAUUCGGCGUAAGAGAGUUCGAAAGGGGCAGCUUCAGUACCUCGUCAAAUGGCAUGGCUGGCCAGAGACUGCCAAUACAUGGGAACCCUCGGAGAAUCUCCAGUCAUGCUCUGAAUUUAUUGAUGAAUUUGAAGAAAGCUUGCAAUCAGGAAAGCAGCGUAGGCGCAAGCGCAAGAAUGGGGAUAGCCAAAAUCGACCUAAGAAGGAAAAACGGCGUGAAAUCCUAGCUGUUGACAAUGUCACAGAUGUAGAUAUCAGUAUGGUGGAUGAUCGCCUAUCAUCUGCUCCUCUAAACAUAAAAAUUCCUUUUGAUCUUCCUACUCCUCAAGUACCUGUAGACUUUACUCAUGAAGGAGAGUUUGGCAGCCAUCUUAAUGAUACCAAAACUAAUGGAACAGUUAAUGUUAAAAAUGGAACUAUGGAUGGGAAAUCUGAUGGAAGAAGAAAGAAAGAUGAAUACGAUCUUCAACUUAGUGAGCUCAAGGCAGAAAUUUCUGCCAAUAUGGUCAAUUCUGAUGAAAAUGCUGAGGCUUCUAAAGAUGUUAGCCUUGUUAAUGAUCUUUCCAAGGCUGAUUGCAUGGUGGGUUCCACUCAGGGAAGUCACUGCAUUGGAGCCAAGAGAAGGAAGUCUAGUAGGGUGAAAAGGUUCACUAAGGAUGCAGCCUUAUCUGAAGACUCUGAACAGGGAUUAGAGCAAAAUGCAGUGACUGCAAGUAUUGAGCCUACUGACCCAAACAAACAAUUAGCGCUCGAGAAUUCUAGUUUGUCAGGUCACUCCAGAAAUGUGGCUGCUAUCACAAGGAUUAUCAAGCCUAUUGGUUAUUCAGUUUCAGUAUCAAAUAACAUCCAGGAUGUACUUGUAACCUUCUUGGUUGUGAGGUCUGAUGGAAAGGAAGUGACAGUGAAUAACAAAUUUCUUAAGGAUAACAAUCCACUUCUGUUGAUUAACUAUUACGAGCAACAUCUUCGAUAUGAUCCAACAUCAUGAAAGAGCUACCAGUGUGUCUGACCACCAUCAUCUUUUUACGGUUUACUAGCUGUAAUUUUGUAGUUUUAGGAGGAGAUUCAGUGGGAUACAAUAUGAAUUCUUGGUACUUUUUCAAGAACUCUGUUAAGAGGAGAUCAAACCAUUUUCUUGCUUUGGGUACUUGUUACAUGGGGAUGAAUGAAAAGUCAUAUUCUUUUGGAUAUUGAAGCUCCAGUCAAUAAUUUGAAUACUUAGUCAAUCGAAUUACGAACUUUUAUAACCUUCCUCCUCCCCUCCCCAUCCCCAUGGGUCUGUUUGAGACUAAAUAAUCUUUGUGAAGCUCCUGCAGAAUUGUUCCCUGUUGCAAUUCACUGUUCAAGUGAUGUUUAUCUGUUUUCCAGAUACUGGGUGAUCAAAAUGGCUACAGGAUGCUUUAUUCAUCAGGUGUACUUACUGAACUUUCUUGGUCUCCAUUUAUAUUUUAUGCCAACUAGAGAGAAAAGUAGAGAAUUGAAGCUUUCAGACUUUCAACUGCUCCCACAAAUGAAAAUCUAAACCUCUGUCGUCUUGAAUUUGGUGUAUUAUUAAUCCAUGGGUCAUAUAUGAUGUCAUUCAUAUACAUUUUCAUUUAACAAAUUGUCAUUAUCAAACUUCCUUUAAUAUUAAUAUAAAUGUAGAAACAAUUGGAUGAACUUUUUCUGGUACCUGAUUCUCCAUCCUACUAAAUGUAGACUAGACCGAGGCCCAUUAAGAUACAUUGUCUCCUUUCUCUUGUUUUCAAUUGAUAAAGUGAUUAGUUACUCAUUCAGCUUGAUACAGGUUGCUCUGGUUUGGCAUCCAAUCCCACCUAUAAAAAUCCAUAAGACUUCAUGAAAUUGAAGUUUUCUAGAGACUUCCUCAUUGAUCAACUAAUAUUUUGACCUAUAAAAGCAUGGAAAUGGUUCAGCUUUUGAAAAGUCAUCUCCUACCACCACCAAUAAGCCUUUCCUCAAUAUCUCUAUGCUACAACCCAGGUUCUGAUUCUGUGAGAGAGAGAAUGGGAGAGGCAGGGCCAUCUCCUCUUGUACCUUGUAUCAUAGUUGGAUUUCUGGGGAUGAUAAUUUUUGGGCCAACUUUUGUAUCCAUUUGGGAGAGUGUAGAGUCCCUACUUGAACUGGGUAUUUGGGUUGCAGUGAUUCUUGUUUUCCUUUUACUGCUUGUGCACUUGCUUUCUAUUUUCUUUCCUGUGCUUCAGGUUUCAUCCACUUUUGCAGUUCAGCAUACCAGCAGCCCUGGGUAUGAUGCUGACGGAUUCGGUUUCGGUUUCGGGUUAGGAACUCUGUUUCUGGUUCUUCUCUUCCUUGUGCUCUAUAAUCUAUUGUAAUAUUGUCACCAGGAAUAGCAAACUAUAGCUUCUUCUUAGCACUUACACAUGUCUGCAUUUAUAUUGUGUAUAUUCAGUUUACCUUUCCAUGUCUCUUUGACCAACAAGAGAACAGGCCCUGUCUAUGGAUGAAACAUUUUAUGGUUGUGCA